UUCCGGCAAGGUGGCGAGGCACGUCAACAGCUAUGGCGGAAGGGGAGGAAGCGCCGCCGCCGCCGCUGCUGAGCAACUGGGAAAAUGACCUUGCAGAAGCGCUUAAAGAAGGUGGCUGUGAUCUUGAAACAGUCCGAAACAUAAUUCAAGGGAGACCUAUACCUGAUUACCUAAGAGCCAAGGUUUGGAAGAUUGCUUUGAACGUUGUAGGUAAAGGGGAUAGUUUGUCAUCCUGGGAUGGCUCUUUAGAUCUGCCAGAACAAACACUGAUUCAGAAGGACUGUCAAGAUCUGGUUGAUCAGUUGUCAGUGCCAGAGGAGAACAAGUCAACAUUACUUCUCGAUGUUGAGUCUGUGAUUACUUUUUACUGUAAAUCUCGUAAUGUUAAAUACAGUUCUAGCCUUAGUUGGACAUAUCUGCUUAAGCCAUUGGUGCAUCUUCAACUUCCACGAAGUGACUUGUACAACUGCUUCUAUGCUAUAAUGAAUAAGUACAUCCCCAGGGACUGUUUUCUGAAAGGAAGACCAUUUCAUCUCUUUAGGCUGCUCCUCCAGUAUCAUGAACCCGAACUCUGCUCUUUUCUUGAUACCAAAAAGAUGACACCUGACUCGUACACACUCAACUGGCUCAGCAGCUUAUUUUCCUACCACUGUUCGUAUGAAGUCACUCAGGCAAUAUGGGAUGGCUACCUCCAGCUAGCUGACCCAUUCAUCAUUUAUUUCCUAAUGCUUAUCAUCCUCGUUAAUGCAAAAGAAGUGAUCUUAGGGCAAGAAUUGAAUAGCAAAGAGGAAGUCAUACAAUUUUUAGAAAGAUCUCCUGCCAGUUUGGCAUUAGAAGAUAUAGAAGACCUUUUCUCUUUGGCACAAUAUUACUGUAGCAAAACUCCAGCUUCCUUCCGAAAGGACAACCACAGUCUUUUUGGCAGCAGCUUGUUGGGUCUCAAAGAUGAUGAUUCAGACUUGAGUCAAGCUCUGUGUCUAGCCGUUUCUGUGUCAGAGAUUCUUCAAGCAAAUCAGCAGCAAGGGGAUGGAGUAAGGUUCUUUGUGGUGGACUGUCGCCCUGCAGAGCAAUAUAAUGCUGGACAUUUAUCAACUGCCUUUCAUUUAGACUCAGACUUGAUGCUCCAGAACCCAUCAGAAUUUGCCCAAUCUGUGAAAUCUCUGUUAGAAGCACAAAAGCAGUCUAUUGAGUCUGGCUCAAUAGCUGGUGGAGAGCAUCUUUGUUUCAUGGGAAGUGGCCGGGAAGAAGAGGAUAUGUAUAUGAACAUGGUGCUAGCACACUUCUUACAGAAAAAUAAAGAAUAUGUAAGCAUUGCUAAAGGAGGAUUUAUGGCACUACAACAGCACUUAGCUGACAUUAAUGUGGAAGGACCCGACAAUGGAUAUGGCCACUGGAUCGCUAGCACUUCAGGCUCAAAAAGUAGUAUUAAUUCCCUUGUUGAGGUUGAUUCUUCUAAUGGUUCAAGUGAAGGGAAAGGUGUCAAGUCCUUGGUAAACAAGAUGACUGUAGCUUUGAAGACUAAAUCUGUGAAUGUGAGAGAGAAAGUUAUUAGUUUUAUCGAAAACACAUCUACUCCAGUAGAUAGAAUUUCUUUCAAUCUAUCCUGGCCCGAGAGAACAAGUAUGCCGCGGCAUGUCAGCAGCAGUGACAGACUGGGAAAACCCUACCGAGGCGUGAAACCUGUUUUCAGUAUUGGUGAUGAAGAAGAAUAUGAUACUGAUGAGAUUGAUAGUUCGUCCAUGUCAGAUGAUGAUCGGAAAGAGAUUGUCAACAUUCAGACUUGGAUAAAUAAGCCAGACAUAAAGCAUCAUUUCCCUUGCAAUGAGGUGAAAGAAAGCGGGUACAUGUUUCCUAGUCAUCUUCUAGUAACUGCUACACACAUGUACUGUUUGCGGGAAAUCCCAUCUCGAAAGGGAUUGGCUUACAUACAGUCUCGACAGGCAUUAAACUCUGUUGUUAAGAUCACAUCCAAGAAGAAACAUCCUGAAUUAAUUACCUUUAAAUAUGGAAACAGCACAACCACAGGCAUAGAGAUCUUAGCAAUUGAGAGGUACCUGAUUCCGAAUGCCGGUGAUGCUACCAAAGCCAUAAAGCAACAGAUUAUGAAAGUUCUGGAUGCACUGGAAAGCUAAUAAGAAAAUACAUUUCAAUGGUGUUUUCAAAGGAAAAUGAUAACCAAGAAAACUGUACAUUGACCUAAAAUGACUGUUUUCUCAGCAGAGUACUAAUGGAAGAUGUUUCAGUUUACUGAUGGGUGUGCCGAGUAGCAGGCUUAAGAUAGGGGUAAAUUCAACCAUUUUUCAAUGUUUAAAAACAAUUUUCUUUAACGCUGCUGGAUUUUGCAGUAGUAGCUUAUUAUAAAGGUCAGUUAUUUUUAAAGUAGCUUUAGAAAGUUGACCUGCUUCUGAAUAAAAGGAUUUUGAAGAAUUGUACCAAGGCCAUGAAGAAUUGUACCAAGGCCAUAAAGCACUUUAGGGUAUCAAAAAGUAUUUGUAAUUCCUGAGAUCUUAGUUGACUUUGUAAAUUGCAGAGUAGCAAGUGUUUUUAAAAUCCAUAUGAACUGAAGGCAUGGUUUGAUCUGAUAGGUCAAUAGUUGGGUCAGGAAUUUGAGCUCCAUAAAAAUAAUACUUUUUUCCUGAAAAAAAUAUUGGGAGCCAAUAGAAAGAAACUUGUAUUACAUCAAACUAGAAAUAAUACACUGUGUUUUGUAAGUGGUUUUUAAAAUGCCUUUUGUGCACUAUCAGGUUAAAAAAAAAGAAUGAUUCAGUUACUAAAUUUUAAAUACAAGUCUAAAUUGUGUCUAGUAAUUAAGAUCUUACACUCACAUGGCAGUGGUUGAGUUGUUAACAACAAUGAAAGCUAAAGUUUUCCUGGGUUAAAUAUGACAAUGGAAAUACAGACAGAGGAAUGGAGUUUUUCAUGUGAUAGUACCUAGGAGAUAAAUAUGAUGGGCUCUUUUUCCCAGAAAUUAUGUGACAGGCUGAAACAUUACUGAACACGAGUAAAUCAAAGUGACCAGAGAGCUGCAUAUUUGUGACCAUUUAGUUUGCGGCAAUUUUUUUCCCUUCAAGACGUGAAGUUUGAGUACCUGUGUAUGGUUUUUUAUAAAAUAUCUUCACCGUUAAAGAACUGAAAUAUUUUGUUACAGAUCCAUAGCGUUCACUCACAUAGCAUUCAGACGACUUGCUGAAUUGUGAUUAUGUAACAAUGGGCAUGCACUUGGCUUAUUGCCAAGCUCAUACAUGCAAUUUAAUCUUCCUUCUGGUGUGGAAAAUCAGCAUUAUAAACUAAGUCUGGUUAUCUGUGAUGUAUGAAUGCAGAGGAGUAAUUAGGUCCCUCCCAUUAAAGGGUUUCUAAACUUAGUCUCCCACCUUCCCCGCAAACGAAGAUCCUAAACCAGGAUUUAAUCUAGCCAAUUAAGUUACAUGCCUGCGUUCAUAUAUUGUGGAAUUGGUUUAACUGCGAUUUGCUACCUAAGGAGCACAGAUUGUGAGCCAAGCAACUGGCCAAGUUUGUGCACAUUUUCAGUUCACUGCAGUAAAGGUAGGAUACCUGAAUGCAACAGUAUUGACCAAAAUGUGUAUCUCCUGUUUAAGAAAAUUUAGAAUUCUGAAGCAAUUUUUAGACAUCUUGUUAUGAAAGACUGAAGACCCUUUGGGGAAAAAAUGGUUGAGGAUAUCUGAUGUGUUGUAGGAUUUGCAGGUUGUAAAGUAAUAGUUCUGCACCAUAAAUGAAGCUGACCUUUAUAACAAUCAGCUCUUAAGUUAUAUUCUUAAUAGUAAUCAAGGCACCUUAAAUCUGAAACUAACUCCCAUAUUUUUAAAAAUAUCUAAAUUAGAAUGAGAAGUAUUUGAACAUUAAUUGCAUGAACUGAAUCUCUGCCAAUGCUCUUGUAUUUAUAGUUCUCCCCACCUCCAGCUGUUGUAUUAUUUUUUGUUCUCCUUUUUAAGAAAAAUAAAAUCUCCUGAAGAGCCUCCAACUUGUGUGUACUUCAGCAAUGAGAUUUUUUUCAUAAUGUAAAGAUGUUUGUGUUACCGUUUAUAAACUGCAUUGUAAAUAAAUCGAUAAUAUUUGAACACAA